AUGGACAAUCUCAUCAUCUUCACAGAAUUUGUUCUCAUGGAUAUCUCCAGUUCUGGGGAACUUGAAAUCUUGCAAGGUCUCAUGUUCUUAGUAAUUUAUCUGAGUGCCUUGGCUGGAAAUCUUCUGACCAUUAUUAUCAUUGUGAUGGACUCAAGUCUUCACUUACCUAUGUACUUCUUUAUAGGUAAUUUAUCUCUCAUAGAUUUUGGUUUCAUCUCAGUUAUCAUUCCCAAAUCGAUCAUGAAUUCUCUAAUAGGUAGUAAACUGAUUUCUGUCAAAGCAUGUGCUGCUCAGACUGUCCUGAUUAUUUCCUUUGGGUCCACAGAGAUCUUCUUCCUUGUGGUGAUGUCCUAUGACCGCUUUGUUGCCAUUUGCCAUCCUCUGCACUAUGGGCUCACCAUGACCCCACGUCUGUGCACACAGGUGGCAGGUGUCUCAUGGGCAGGUGGGCUGGUCAGCUCUGCUGUCCACACAGGGACCAUAUUCAGGCCUCCGUUCACGGUGUCCAAUGUGAUUCACCAGUUUUUCUGUGAUGUCCCUCAAGUCCUGAGCAUCUCAUCCCACGAGGUGCAGUGUCCUGAGUGUGUGACUCUUGCUGUAAGUGCUUGCAUUGUUUUACUCUGCUCUGUCAUCUUAUUCAGCUCAUAUAUUCACAUAUUUUCAGCUGUGCUCCAGAUGCAUUCUGCGGAAGCCCAGAAUAAAGCCCUGUCAACCUGCUCCCCCCAGAUAGCUACUUUCAUCCUAUUUGUAAUGUCUGCAUUGUUUGCUUACUUGAGCCCCAUUUCACAUGUAUCAACCAUUGAAAACCUUCUUACAGCCAUGUUCAAUUGUAUGGUGCGCCACUUUGCAAACCCUCUUAUCUUUAGUCUAUGA